GAUGCGAGCCGAGGGCGGCCGAGCCGCGGAUCAGCUACCUGUGUGGCCCGGGCGGCCGCUGCCGGGACCUGCCGGAGACAUCGCCAUGUGAAGGGGCAGACCCCAGGCCGGCUCUCCACCCCGCCUCGCUCAAUGGGAGAUUUGUUUGGCUUUACACAGGCAAUGCUCCCAAAGACUGUAUGAUAAUUCCUGGUGGCCAAAAGAGGAGGCACAUUGUGGCCAGUACAGAAAAGGAACAAGAACAGGAGGGCAAGAGCUUCCUACUGCCUCUCUGGCAGAGGUACCAAGUGCACAGCCUUGUCUGCAUCCCAGCAAAGUACUGGUUUUCAGGAAGUAAGUGAGACUGAGAGCCACCUCGAGGCACUUGGAGAGGAGGAAGAGGACUGGUGCCAGCAUGGAUAAGGACAGCACAAACCUGGCUGACCAGCAGUAUGAAUGUGUGGCUGAGAUUGGGGAAGGCGCCUACGGGAAGGUGUUCAAAGCGCGAGACUUGAAGAACGGAGGUCGCUUUGUUGCGCUGAAGCGGGUACGGGUGCAGACCAGCGAGGAGGGGAUGCCGCUGUCCACUAUCCGAGAGGUGGCAGUUUUGAGGCACCUGGAGACAUUCGAACACCCCAACGUGGUCAGAUUGUUUGAUGUGUGCACCGUGUCACGAACAGACAGAGAGACCAAGUUAACAUUAGUGUUUGAACAUGUGGAUCAAGACUUGACUACUUACUUGGAUAAAGUUCCAGAGCCUGGAGUGCCUACUGAAACUAUAAAGGAUAUGAUGCUUCAGCUGUUUCGGGGACUGGAUUUUCUGCAUUCACAUCGUGUGGUGCAUCGGGAUCUGAAACCCCAAAAUAUCCUUGUAACCAGCAACGGGCAGAUAAAGCUAGCUGACUUUGGCCUUGCACGAAUCUACAGUUUUCAGAUGGCUCUUACCUCAGUGGUUGUUACUUUGUGGUAUAGAGCUCCUGAAGUCUUGCUUCAGUCCAGUUAUGCAACAGCAGUUGAUCUUUGGAGUGUUGGCUGCAUAUUUGCAGAAAUGUUCCGUCGAAAACCACUCUUCCGUGGAAAUUCAGAUGUUGAUCAACUAGGAAAAAUCUUUGAUGUAAUUGGACUCCCAGAAGAAGAGGACUGGCCUAAUGAUGUUGCCCUUCCAAGAAAUGCUUUUACUUCCAGACCCGCACAACCUAUUGAAAAAUUUGUACCAGAUAUCGAUGAAGUAGGCAAAGACUUGCUUCUUAAAUGCUUAGCGUUCAACCCAGCCAAAAGAAUAUCUGCAUAUGUUGCCCUCUCUCACCCAUAUUUCCAUGAUCUGGAGAAAUUCAAGGAGAAUCUGGACUGUCACGUGUCAUCCAGCCAAAACUCCAGUGAGGUGAAUGCAUCAUAAGUGCUGACUGAAGAUGAACCAUAAAUGAACAAGACAUGUAGCUGACAAAGCCACUGUCCCAUACAAACCACAUAGCUGUCCUAGCGAGAUCAUUAUUUGGAGGUUUUAUGCACUUACCUUUUAUUUUGGGAUUGUGAUGUGCUUAUCCAUGGAAAUCAAUCUAGUUUACUUUUAUCAGAGCAAUGCAAGGGCCAGGGCUUUGACCUGCUCCUGUUGCAGCUUUAUGUUUGUUUUGGUUUUGUUUUGUUUAUCUACCUGGAAAACUCCAGAUGAAGAGAAGCUGCUGACCAGUUUUGCUGCCAUUUUAUCCUUCUAAUAUUGAAUGCUGCCAGUGUUUGAUGAUCAAGUCACUGCCAAAAUAUGAUGCAAUCUCUCUCUCUCUCUCUCUAGCUGCUGAAGCAUGAUUUGGUACUUUAUUAUUGUUAUUCUGUGAUAUUUAAAGAAUGACAUUGAAAUACCAGAUCUCUGCAACCUGCAGUUAACUGAUACAUGCGUUAAUACAUCCAGCUACUGUUCAUUCAUAGUAGAUAAUGCAGGUGCUUCCCCACUUGAAAACCUGGAUGACUUAAUUUAUCAUUUUGUUGCUCUAUAAAAAUAACAGUGAUGAUGAUGGUCAUAAUAAAUGUCUCAGCUUUUAGGUUUUUUCAUACACAAACAAGUUAUUAUCUAGCUAUGUUUGUGUGCAUGUUUCAAAAAACUGUCCUGUUCUCACUGUUUCAAUUUCCAAAUGGUCUUUCUGUGUUGAAAUGCAGACACGUUCUAGUCCAUUGUCUAACCCAUCAUUCCCCCUGGAAACAGCUGCAAGCAUAUUUUCUUCAUCUCAUUCCAAAUAAUUUUCUGAUGUCCAGCUCAAAGACAUGAGCAAAGCCAAUGAAAAUCAAUACAUAUUUUCACCUUGAACCUGUUCUUAUUGUCAGCCAAACACAAAAAUAGAAAAAAUAUUUCUGGGUCAGAAGCAGAGAAUUCUAUAUCUGUAAUAAGCACAGAGAAGUAUUUGUGCUGCAUUGUACUCUGUAUACUGUGCUGCCUUACCAGCAACACCCCCGAAUGCAUCACAAGUGCAUGAACAUUAAUGCUCAAAAUCCCUCACAUGUCACUUACUAAGGAGGCUUGUCUUCUAUGCAGAAAUGCAUGACCUUCUCUCCUAAACCACCAUGUGGAGAUACUAGCACAUGCCUCUCCACUAAGGUUAAUGUACCAUUAUUGAAUGUCAAAAUAACUAAGCAAUUUACUUGUCUUUAUAGCACAGUUAUUUUAAAUAUUACCUGAAAUUUUUAUAUUUAGUAUUUUUACCUUAACUAAAAUAUAUUUUCAGUAUUUUGAGAAGAAACUUUUAUUUUUUUAAUACUGUACUGGGGAAAAAGAAAUGCUUUAAAUCCAUAAAAGCUGUUCCCUAGCAUGACUUCAGUGCAUUUACUUGGACAUGACUUGGGGGAAAAUAUUGGUCCAAUGAAUAUAACUGAUGCUAAGUGAGGCAGCCAGCUUUGCUUACUCCUGUGACUGUCCCUUAGGCUUCUCUCUUCCUCGUCUCUAUUUCAUCUUGUCUAGGUGGUGAGCCAGCACUAUAUCCUCGUGCAUGGCAUGCUUGGCAGAAGCAGGUCUUUAGCAGUGAGUUGGGCAAUGUAACUUUUCCAGCUGUGACAGGGGAACUUGCAGCCAUCUCAUAGGCAGGUCUCUCGCUCCUGUGGCAAACCUCACUGUUAACUCUGUUUCAGGUAUCUCUGCUGUCUGGGUCAUGGUCCACUGCUAGGGUAGUAAGUGGAUCUUAUCUCUCUCCUGGAUAAAGCUUUUUGUUACUGUUAGACAUUUAAGUGUGUGAUAUAUGGUUAAAUUAGGUCUGCUUUAAACAAUCCCGGUUUUAAAAGGACCACUUGCAUGCUUGCAUGCAGUGGCCUAUGCUUUUCUUUAAGCCUAGAAUGAGCCUAUGCAAAACUUAACCAGCAUGAACAGGCAAGUUGCAAAUUAGGCCUGGCAAGAGCAUGCACAAAGCAUCUGCACACAGAGAUAUCACAGAUCUGUAACGUCAGAAUUUCAGAAGCUCUGUGAGCAGGAAGCUGAAGGCCAGGGAGCUGUCACAGCAGCAAAGCUUCUAAUCUUGGCCUUGCCUUUGUCAUUUUCUUUGUUCCUACACCCAAAGGAAACUGCAGACUUACUGCGCUGGUGUUGUACUGCCCUAUUCCUGUGUGGGUUAGUGGACCCAAAUGUGAAUAAUUUUUAACAUUCACAGAAAAGGAUGGGCCAGAGUGAAUUUUUUGCUAGUGAUUUUUAAACACUAAGUAGAACAACAAACAGAGCCAAAAGUCAGGAGACUCUUGCAACAGUAGUAAUUAGAAAAGUUUUUUAUGGAGUUUAGCACUUUUGAAAACAUUCCACAUUUUACCCAGCACGGAGCUAUCUGUCAUACAUACCUUAUCAGGGCAUUCAGCUGGUGUGGCUUCCCAGCAACUGCUCAGGGAAUUCUCCCAGAGCUCUCCACCAACUAAUGUAGGGUGAAAAUGUAGAGGAGGAGAUGAUAUUUUCCAAAUUAUGCUUAAAACUCUCAGAUAGAAACGUGCAUCUGUUCCAUGUAAGACUCUGUUCUAUUAAGCUUAGCAAAGCUUAAGAAUAGAGGAUAUGGUUGCUGAAUGUAGAUUCAUUAUUAGGGUAAAAACAGAAAGGAGGGGAGAGAAUACUUAAAGCCAAAGGUUAGUGUUCGCCCAAAAACUAAUGAGAAUGUGGAAAUCACCAAGAAUUUAACUACUGGAGCAGUAUUUCCCAAUCAUAGUAUCAAAGAGCUAAGCAAGCAGCAGAGAAAAACAGGGCCUGGCUUACAGAGUCAGAGGCAGAGCUUCUGCAACAUGGUGCUGUAUGUUGUCUAAUACAGUAGGAUCAGGUUAUAAAUGAGAGUAUUCAGGAGAACAGUUUCCAAAGGCUGCAUUAAUGGUCACAUUCUGGAACAUCUUUCCAGUGGGAAUGGCAGGAACAAAACCAAGAAAUCUAAGAAUCUUGGCAGGGUUAGGGAAAAUAUUUCUCUAAUGGGGUCCUUGUGGUAGCAAGGGCCUGGAUUCAAAGGACCAACAAUUUUUCAAAUUACCUCCUUUUCCAAAUUAUUCAGGAAGAAAUUCCAUUUGACAUGCCAUAGGCUUAAUCGUAUUCCAGUCUUCCCUGCCAAACCAUGUGGGGCUUCACUUACACUAGUGUACUGAGAAAGCCUGUUCUCUGGCUGGGCAAAGCACUGUCGUUGGCUAAUACCAUGCCAGGAAUGAUAUUCAUAAUUAGACAGCACAGACAGCUGUGGGACUGUGCUCAAACCCAUGCCCUUGCUCUUCUUACGUUACUGGUAUAGCUCUAAUAUUUUAGUACCUUUACUCGUUACUGCCAUAUGUAUAGGAUGUAGGAUUUGUGUAAGUGAAAAAGAAAGUGCUGUGAUGAAAACUCUUUGUACACCUUUAAAGAAGACUUCAGAGUGCAAUUCUUCUUAGUGAUAUCUAAACCUGUAUAUGUUCUCUUCUACAGGAGUGGUUUAACAGCAGCUAAAAAAUGCUGAAUAACAAAAGAUGUAUUAAGUAUAGCUCCUAGAACACCCACAGCCAGGCACUGUGCUCUUCUUAGCAGAGAACAGGGUGUUCCAAGUAAUGGAAGGAGAAACUUCUAU